AUGGCAAUAUGGGAUCAAAGCACCUUCUACGGACGUCUUCGUCACUUUGCCAGCAUUACAAACCCGGCAAAAAUAUUUGCUAAACCACAAACCUUGUAUGACUGCAAAAAACUUUUAGAGCUUUACAAAAAAGGUGAGGAACCAAAAGGUACUACGCUAAAAGACAUCUAUCGUGCUCAGGCUUUUUAUGGAUCAGCAUUUCACCCAGAUACCGGUGAACUGCAAAAUCUUCUUGGCCGGAUGUGUUUCCAGGUACCCGGUGGUACAGUUCUGUUUGGUGCUAUGCUUAUUUGGUAUAGAUCAACAUCUGCAGUUGUUUUUUGGCAGUGGGUUAAUCAGUCGUUUUGCGCCAUCUUGAAUUAUACUAACCGUAAUGCUAAAAGUCCAAUGACCACGAAAGAUUUGCUGGUUGCAUAUACGUCUGCGGUGACCGGAGCUGUAGGAGUGGCCGUUGGAUUGAAGAAUUACUUUGCUAAAGUACGACGCUGUAAAUAUUUUUUUACAAAACAUUUACCUAAAACUUUAACAAUUAAAUGGUUCACUUCUAAAUCAUCCUGA